AGCAUCCCAUGGUCACACAAUCGCCAUUUUAGACCCUCCCGGCCGGUUUCUGCCAAGCAAAAUCAGUGGGGAACUGUGUGAUUCGCUUAACAACCAUGUGGUUUGCUUAGCGCCCCUGGUGAUUCACUUAGCCACCACCACAAAACAUUCAUAAAAUCGGGUUGGAUUUGCUUAAUGACCACUUCACUUAGCAACCAAAAUUCUGGUCCCAGUUGUGGUAGUUAAGUAAGGACUACCUGCAGAAGAUCCUGUACUGAGCAGGGGUUGGACUAGAUCAUCUUUGAGGUCAUUUCCAACUCUAGGAUUCUUAAGGAAGAACACACUUUGUGUGCUGGCCUGCUGGCCUGUUUUUCUACUGGGAAGCUUCCCAGCCGGUGGGUUGCAAGCUGAAGCAGCAGAAGCAAAGGGGAAGAUCGACAGGCUGAGUUUCUCGAGGUCCGCUUGCAAAUGUCAAUGGGUUUCAGUGUUUUAGGGCCAAAUCACAAUUUGAGCUUCUUCUGGGUUCAGGGAUCAGUGGACUUCAAGCUGGCUGUGCAUUUCACUGAGGGAGAAUGGGCCUCGCUGGACCCAGCCCGAAGUGCUCUUUACAAGGAGAUCCUGCAAGAUGGCCGUGGGAAGGGAACGCCUCAGGAUCACAUCACUGCAACUGAGAUCAAGGAAGAAAUGCUCCAGCCAGCCAGCCCCGAACUGGUGGGAGCCCACAAAACACUCCUAGAAAGGUCCUGUGGGGAAGUAUCUGUGAAGCCCCUUCCCCAGAAAGGAGACGCUGAUUUAGAAAACACACAGGGAAGAAAGCUGCCAAGGAGGUGGCUUUGGGAAGAGGGACAGGCCUUUAACCAGCAUCUAACCCCCAGAAGCGAGAGAAGGCGUUCAUGUCCCGAAUGCGGGAAACAAUUCCAUGACCAGGCCCAGGCGGUGAAGCAUCAGAUGAUCCACAAUGACCUAAAACCCGUGGAGCUCCAGAGUGUCCGUGCAGAGGAGGAGACACCUUUCAACUGUCCUGGCUGCAAGACAAGCUUCCCGAGACAAGGAAACCUCCUCAUGCGCCAAGCGAUCGACCCGGGUGAGAGGCUGUUCGCACGUGCCGAAUGCGGGAGGCACUUCCACGAGUGGAUUCCGCCAAACCAGCAUCAGAGGAUGCAAGAGGGAGACCGGGCCUACGAAUGCCCGUUAUGCCAGAAGAAAUUCCGGAGGAAGGGCAACCUGAUUGUGCACCAGAAGACCCACACGGGGGAGAGGCCGUACGCGUGCGCCCAGUGUGGGAAGAGCUUCAGCGAGAAAGCCAAGCUGAUUCGACACGAAAGGGUCCACACUGGGGAGAAGCCGUAUUCGUGUCCCACGUGCAAGAAGAGUUUCAAUCAAAGAGAGACCUUGCUGAGGCACCGGAGAACCCACACAGGGGAGAAGCCGUACGAGUGUUUGAUGUGCGGGGAACAUUUUGCUCAGAAAGAGACGCUGCUGCGGCAUCACCGAAUUCACCCGGGAAGGAACUUCAGUAAUGUUUUGUGAAGCAGGAAGGGAAUAGUGCCCGUAUUCCCCCCUCCCCUGGAAAAAUCCUUCCCCCUGUGGUGAGGAAACCCUUUCAACAACGAAUAGCCACUCUCUAAAUUCCAGUAGAAGAGACUAUCUGCAGCUCAGGGUUGAACCGUUCGGUCCCUGGUGUUCUUUGAGCUUGGUGGUUUUCCGGCAGACGUUUCAUCACCCAACUAGGUAAUGUCAUCAGUGAGAGGGAGGGUGGGGUUCGCUGGCUGUUUCUAUAUAGCAGCUUGCCCUGCCAAUCUUCGUGAGUGUGUGGCUUCCUUCUCGAGGGUUGCUUGAUUAGGGUACUGUUGUUUAUCUGCUUCAGCAGCCAACGCGCAUAUCAGCAGGAAACAAUCUAGGAUGAAAGAGUUCCAUAAUCAAGGAUCCAUCAAGGAAGAAACUACAGGUAGUCCUUGACUUACGACCACAGUUCAGACCGGAAUGUCUCUUGCCAGGCGAGGCAGUCAUUAACUGAGUCACACCCAAUUUUAUGACCUUUUUGCCACAGUUAAGCAAAUCACCACGGUCAUUAAGUGAAUCAUGUGGUCAUUAAGCGAAUCUGGCUUCCCCCAUUGACUUUGCUUGUCGGAAGCUGGCUGGGAAGGUUGCAAACGGCAAUCAUGUGACCUCAGGGCACUGCAACUGUUGUAAAUACACGCCGGUUACCAAGCACCUGAAUUUUGAUCACACCGCAGGGAUGCUGCGACAGUCGUUAAGUGUGAGGACCGGUCGCAAGUCACGUUUUCCAGCGCCAUCAUA